UUUACUUCAACAGAAUACUUAUAAAAUGUUGAAAGUUUAGGAUAAACUCAUAUUUUGUACGGAUUUUAAUGUCAACCUUAAAGAUUCUUGAGAGAAAAGAAUGGGGUGCUUUAGCUCCAAAAAGAACUACUCCAAUGAUCCACCCCAUCUUAGAGGCGAUUUUCUCUUAUAUAGAAGUCAGAGAUUUGGUGGACAUGCAGAUAGUAAAGAAGGCACAACAACUCCAUAUGGACGUCAAAGGUUUUGAUGAUAUUGAAUGUAGCUUUGUGAUUGGGAGAGAUGGAACUAUAUAUGAAGGAAGAGGUUGGUUCAACCAGCCUGAGGAACGAGACAGUACAAAUGGAGGGAACUAUUUGGACAUCGCGUUUAUUGGACGAGUAAAAGGUAAGCCCGGGGACGACCCAUCCUUAAUAGCAAUGCUGGAAUUACUACAGUUUGGAGUCGACAACAGAUAUUUGGACGAAAACUUUUACAUGAUCGGGAAUAAUUUCCCUAAGCAGUUUAAUGAACGAAUGAAGUGUAAUGAAGAAGCUUAAGAAGCAUAGGACUUCAAAGUGGACUCAAGCAGUAAUGUUAUCUGUAUGUAUUUUGUGACGGGUGGGUGUUUUUGACUGAAACAAUAUCACGAAAAAUAUUAAGUAUAUUUAUCAAAAUAUAUUGAAUAAGCUAGGUUAUAAACGAAAUAUGGAACAAAUACU